AACAAAGCUUGAUUGAGAGAUCACAUCACCGCUGACGAUUCUGGCAGGACGGUGCGUCUAAAUUGCUAUUUUAAUGAUCAUCACAAAACGUGUUUUUGCUCGUUUUUUCACUGGAUAUUUUUUAUGAGAUCGAGCCGCGUCGGUUCGCUGUUCAAUAACAGGCCGAAAGUAACGGCAGGCAUGAGGAUUGCACAUCUUUCUCUGGAAAUGCAUCAGUUCCGCCGGGCUGCCUCGUGACCCCAGCAGCGACCGAGAGGAGGAGCAGGAGGAGGACCGCGGUGCAGACAGUCGAUGAUCCGGGCCCCCGUCACCUCCUGUCCGCUCCCCUGAAGCGCGUAUGCACGCCUGGAUCAGGAGGACCAGAGGCAGCUGCACGGGGAGGCGCUGAAAUGAGAUGAGGCUCAGACAUGGAACUGUUGCCACUGCGAUCAUUUUCUUCACGUCGUUUCUCAGUCUGUCCUGGUACACGGCUUGGCAAAAUGGCAAAGAAAAGUUGGUAGCCUAUCAGAGGGAGUUUCAUGCCCUGAGGGAGCGUCUGCGUGUGGCGGAGCACCGAACCCUCCAGCGCUCCUCUGAGCUCAACGCCAUCCUCGAGCAGUUCAGACAUGCCAUUGCAGAGACCAACGGCAGCAAAGAUGCUCUCUCCAACUUCUCAGAUGAGACACAGAAGUUGUUGAAGGAGUUGGCUCACAGGAAGCCCCUCCAGGUGCCAAAUAUCUACCACCAUCUGCCUCACUUGCUAAACAAUGAAGGCAGCCUGCACCCUGCUGUACAGGUGGGCCAGGGACGUACCGGAG